CCCCUCCGCCUUUCGAUUCAGUCGCCUCGUGUUGCAUUCUGGGUGAUGUAGGCAGGAAGCUCCUCAGCCGCUGUGGUCGUGGUCCAGCUCCUCCGGUCCUCUCCUCCCGUCUCCCCCGGUCUCCUCCCGUCCUCGGCGGCGGACUCACCUCGGACCAGCACGGCGGACAUGCGGAGGUUUUAACGCCAUGUAACGAGCCGGACAACCGACCCCCGCUGCCUCCAGGACGGACACUGAACAGACACAAUGGCCGUCGAAAACGUGAGCGUGGUGUUCAAGCUCUACUGCCUGACGGUGAUGACCCUGGUGGCGGCCACGUACACGGUGGCCCUGCGGUACACGAGGACCAUCCCGUCCGGGGACCUGUACUUCUCCACCACCGCAGUGUGCAUCACCGAGGUCAUUAAACUCGUCCUGAGUCUGGGCAUGUUGGCCAAAGAAACAGGAAGCCUCAGCAGACUGAAGAACUCCAUCAUGGAACACGUGUUCUUCAGCCCGAAGGAGCUGCUGAAGCUCAGCGUGCCCUCGGUGGUGUACGGAGUUCAGAACAACAUGGCCUUUCUGGCCUUGAGUAACCUCGAUGCAGCAGUUUAUCAGGUGACCUAUCAGCUGAAGAUCCCGUGCACGGCCUUGUGUACGGUCCUCAUGCUGAACCGCUCUCUCAGCCGGCUGCAGUGGUUCUCUGUUUUCAUGCUCUGCGGGGGCGUCACACUCGUACAGUGGAGGCCUGCUGAAGCCACUAAAGUCCAGAUAGAGCAAAAUCCUUUUAUUGGCUUCGUGGCCAUCGCCAUUGCUGUCAUCUGCUCUGGAUUUGCAGGUGUGUACUUUGAGAAGGUGCUGAAGAGCUCCGACACGUCCCUGUGGGUGAGGAACAUACAGAUGUACUUGUCGGGCAUUGUGGUCACACUAUUGGGUGUUUUCAUGACCGAUGGUGAAAGGGUUCUGGAAAAAGGCUUCUUUUUCGGUUACACACCCUGGGUGUACUUUGUAGUGUUCCUGGCCAGUGUGGGAGGUCUGUACACGUCAGUGGUGGUGAAGUACACGGACAACAUCAUGAAAGGCUUCUCCGCUGCGGCCGCCAUCGUCCUCUCCACGGUGGCAUCCGUCCUCUUGUUCGGCCUGAAGAUAACAAUCACAUUUGCCUCUGGUGCCUUACUCGUGUGCGUUUCCAUCUACCUGUAUGGACUUCCAAAGCAAAACACGUCCAAGCUGAGCCAGAAGGACACAGAGUCCAAACAGAAACUGAUCACUGUGUGAGUCACUGACCAGCAGCAGAGACGCCCUCAGCUGCCGGAGGACCAGAGGACGGUCACAUUUCUGUGGAAGUAAAAAAAAAAAAAAAGCUCCCGCCCUGGAGGGAUCAGGUAGCUAAUCCAGCUGUUUUGCUAAUGAACACUCGCUUGGACUCGCUCCGUGUUCAGUUCAUCACGACAGCUUUCGUUCCACUUCAAUGUUUCAAUCCAGCUCACCAGAAAUUAGUUAGUUUUUUUAAAAUCAAAUUCAUUUUAGUUGAAAGAAAAAAAAAACUGGCUUCAUGUUAAGCUGUUUUAAAGUUUGUAAAUAAUGGGAAGCAAUCAGUGAAGUCUUGUUUUCAUCUUCAGCAACGCUGGAGUGGUAUGAUUCAAGGGUAUAUAUUUACUUUAAUGCCUCCGUGUAUUUGUCAGGGGCGUUUAAAUAUCACAGAUCUUUCUCACAGAGUUCUUUUUUUUAAUUAGUCGGUUUUAAACCGCUCAGCGUCUCUUAUGUUCGUACCACACAGUGCUGAUUCUCAAUGUGCCCAAACUACAGGAGAACAAACAUUGACAGAAGGAUGAUGAGAACUUGCAUGUGUGAUGUUUGAUAUCUUUACUGUCCCGUCUUUGGUAUCAGACCUGUGUUGAAUUCUGCUUUGUUUUAAAGCUUUUAUUAAAUUUUAAAGCAAAUGUGUUACAAACAA